UCUCCUCUUCGGUAGAUCCCCACGCAUCCCCCUGCUUCUCUUGGGGAUAUAAAAGCCCUGGGUUCACCUUUCGCGGAGUCACAGGACUGAGCGGCGUCACAGAAGCCGAUAUGAAACCUCUGAUCGCGUGUUUGGUAGUCGGUAUGGCGGGGCUCGUCCUGGCCGAGCCGCCGGUGUCGGGGUACAACUACAAUAGGCCCAUCGGAGGAGGCGGUGGUUACUCCUUCGGGGGUGGCGGAGGCGGCGGGUACUCCCUCGGGGGUGGCGGCGGCGGAGGGUACACGCAGGUGUCGACGGGCUACCAGACAAGCGAAGGUGCAUCGGUGGACGGAGCCCUGUUGGAGCAGAUCCGACAGAUUCUGCUGAAGGAGGAAUCCCAGGCCCAGCAGAGCGGAGGCUUCGGGGGUGGCGGAUACGCGCCGAGUUCCAGCUACGGAGCGCCGUCCCAGCAGUACGGAGUGCCCAGCUCCAGCUACGGCGUGCCCAGCUACCAGACCAGGGUGGUGGGCAUCGACCUCGAAGGGAUCCGACAGGCCAUCCAGGUGGCUCAGUUCAACCAGGUGAGCCAGGGACCUGGCGGCUACCCGAGCGGACCCAGCAGCAGCUACGGAGCGCCCAGCAAGCCCUCCGGCAGCUACGGAGCGCCGUUCUAGAAGAGGCACCCGAAGAAAGGAAAGGUGGGAGAGGAAGAGGACAUCGAUGACGACUUGGACCACGACUGCGGCUACCGCGAGGGGAACAUCGAGCGGAUCGUCCGGAGCUGGAGCGAGGGUCGACCGACCCGCCGACAGGGGUUAGAGGGGAUUCCCAGAUGAAGAGCUUGAAGAUCCCUGGAUCCCUUCAACAUAGUCGAGUUCGGAGUCCGACAAGACCUGGUCUUGCUGGGAAUCAUACCGAGUAGGUUGAUUUUUCUACCCGGAGGACUUGGUUCCCUGGCUCCGAGGCUCGACUAUGCGCGUGGGGUACUUUAUUACACCUGGAAGGAAGACCUGGAAACGGGAUAUCUCUGUAGUUCGAGGACCCACGGCCAGGAGACCAGAAGACUCCCGGGAGAGUCGAACGACAAGGACAGCCGGAGGGUGGAAUGAUUCGAGACGCGAUGCCAGAUCGCUUACACCGACUCAUGGAUCCUUUCCGCCGAACUUAACGACGGAUCCGAUUACCUUAACUUCGAGGACCACCGAGUGGAUCUCCGACUGCUCGUGUCGUUCUCCGGCCACGUCGGCGGUCGGGUCGGCUGCUGAAAUCUGGACCACUCGGGACGUUUUCCAAGACCACGUAUUGAGAUCACGGACGUGGUCAUUGCCCGUGCCAGGAUCGAAGGGACGAGAGGAACGAGAGAAAGAGAGAGAGAUGUGAUCGGCGCAGCGAAGCGCCUCUUGUAAAUACAGAGAUACCACACGUCAGUACGGAGUUAACACACUCUACACGCGCCUCGGAGGAGCCUUCUCGGCGCCACCCUUGGAGUCCACCUAGGGAACCGGAUGCGGAAGCGGAGGCUUAGUUAGAGUCGCCGAACGAUGCCGAGGGCCUUCGAGAGGUCGUGCGCCGCACUUGGCACGACCUACGAGGGCCGGCAGCCUCGCUCGGGGACGUCGAGGCGGUCGCUUUUCGUCCCGACGCCAUUUUGGAGAACCGCGACCGCCGAGAGGGAUGCUCCGAGGCGCCCAUACAUAUACACUAUUUUUGUACCCUAUCGUAACUACCUUUUAACCACGUAUACUCUUUUUAUACUUGUAUAAAGGCUUCUUUUUGUAGAAAAAAAAAAAUAAAAAAACAC